AUGGCUAUAAAGAGACAAUUUCACAAGGUGAUCCAAUAUGUACUCAUUUUAUUUGAUACAUUGAAGGAUCCUUCAGAAGAAAUGAUCAAGAUAUUAUUUUUUGUACUAUGGUUGGUAAAUAGUCAUGAUAGUCACAAAGUUCAUGCUAUUCAUAUAGAUGAUAUGGAGAUAGAAAGACAAUUACAAGUCAUUAACAAACCCUUUGUCAAGAGUAUCCAAACAGACUUUGGAUAUAUUGUUGAUUGUGUUGAUAUUUACAAACAACCAGCAUUUGAUCAUCCUUUAUUAAAGGAUCAUAAAUUACAAAGAAAACCUUCCUAUCGAGAUUCAUUUGAAAAGAUAAGUAUGAAGGAUUCAUCAAAUGAACUCAUAUUAGGAUUUCGGAAAGAGAAAUGUCCAAAAGGAACUGUUCCCAUUCGGAGAACAGCAAAAGACGAGCUCAUUCAAGGAAAAUUGUCAUUCUAUAAUCAAAGCAUGGUUCAAGAUGUUCCUGGUGUUCAUGUGGCUCCACUAAUAUAUGGUGGCAAUACUGCAACUUAUUUCUACUCAGCAUGGACGUCGGAUAAUUUUAAGAAGACAGGAUGUUACAAUCUCCAAUGUUCAGGUUUUGUCCAAAUUAAUCAAUAUAAUUUCAUUGGUUCACGUGUGCCGAACGUAUCUAUCUACGGAGGGACAGCCGUUGAGUCUGUAUUUUCUAUUUCAUUGGAUCGAAAAACUCAAAAUUGGUGGUUGAAUAUCCUUGGGCAUGAUAUUGGAUAUUAUCCAGGAAAAUUAUUCUCAAACUUGACUUCAGCAGAGAAAGUGGGGUGGGGUGGGAGAACUGUUACUCCUCCUGGCAAUUAUAGUCCUCAAAUGGGAUCUGAAUAUUUUCCUGAUAACAACUUUGUUCAUGCAUGUUACUUUAGACUUAUCUCCAUUCAAGAUCAAGAAAGAACAGAUUUUGGACCUACAAAACAAAUGACAAAUGCAUUUGUCGACAAUUCAGAUUGUUUUAAUGCCGAACACUAUGGAGAUGAAGGAGGAUAUGGCGGAAAUUCUCUCCAAUUUGGUGGACCUGGUGGCAACUGUGGCAAUUAA